AUGGUUGCAGCAGCCAACGGCGCAAUUGGGCACGACGAAAGCGUCUCGCCCCAGCCCACAACCCUGAGCACCCUCCCUGGGCCUGAUCACGACUGGAGCGUGAAUCUCAAGGACAAGGUCAUCACCAUCACCGGCGCCAACCAGGGCAUCGGCCUGGCCCUCGCCGAGGUGUGCCUCGCCAAUGACGCCGCCGCCGUCUUCAGCCUGGACAUCUCCGAGCCCGGCAAUGACUUUGCCGCCCUCGCCGCGCGCUUCCCCGGCGGCCGGCUCGCCUUCCAGCACUGCGACGUAACCUCGGAGGCGAGCGUGCAGGCGGCGCUGGACGCCGUGGUGGCCAGCAAGGGCCGCCUCGACGGCAUGGUGGCCAACGCGGGCGCCACCAAGCACCAGCCGGCGCUCGACUUCACCGCCGAGCAGGUCCGUCGGCUCUUCGAGCUCAACGUGUAUGGCUCGUGGAACUGCGCGACCGCGGCGGCGCGCACGUUCAUCAAGCUGGGGUGCAAGGGCAGCAUCGUGUUUACGGCGAGCAUGACCUCGUACCGGCCAAACAGGGCCGCUCCUUCCGCCCCGUACGGCGCGACAAAGGGCGCGGUGCGCAACAUGACGCACACGCUGGCGAUGGAGUGGGCAAAGUACGGGAUCCGCGUCAACAGUGUGUCGCCAGGGUUCGUCAAGACGGCGCUGACGUACUACGUGGACAAGGACCCGGAAUGGGGUACCAAGAUGAAGCACUACGGCGGCAUGCCGCGGCUGGCGCUGCCACAGGAGCUUGGCGGCGCUUACGUCUACCUGCUGAGCGAGACGUCGACGUACACAACGGGCAUAGACAUUCCGAUAGCGGGUAUUGUUGGAGCGUGGUAG